ACACGGGACUCAAUCCGCGCCUCGGCGGUCGGGCUCCUUGGGUCUCUGGUGCACCGGGGCCGGGGCGGGCUCCGGCUGGGGCUCCGCGGCCCCCUGCGGAAGCUGGUGCUGCAGAGUCUCGUGCCGCUGCUGUUGCGCCUGCAUGACCCCAGCAGGGACGCUGCUGAGAGCUCAGAGUGGACCCUGGCCCGCUGCGACCAGGCCUUUUGCUGGGGCCUGCUGGAGGAGAUGGUCACCGUGGCCCACUAUGACAGCCCCGAGGCCCUGAGCCACCUCUGCCACCGCCUGGUUCAGCGAUACCCGGGCCACGUGCCCAACUUCCUGAGCCAGACCCAGGGCUACCUGCGGAGUCCACAGGACCCCCUGCGCCGGGCAGCCGCCGUGCUCAUAGGCUUCCUUGUCCACCACGCCAGCCCCGGCUACAUCAACCAGGACCUACUGAACUCCCUGUUCCAGGACCUAGGGCGGCUGCAGAGCGACCCCGAGCCGGCUGUGGCCGCGGCAGCGCACGUGUCCGCCCAGCAGGUGGCGAUGCUGGCCCGCGCCCUGGGCCGCCCCCGCGGGCCCCGCCUCCUCCACCUCUCCCCGCGCCCCGCCCGGCCCCCACCAGUCUUCGCCGACAGCCCCUUCCAGCGCCCGAGCCUCGCGGGCCGCUGGGGCUGCUCCGGACCCCGCUGAGUUUGAGGCUGGGGGCUGGGACCCGCGGGCCAGGGUCCGACUUGAGGACCCCAUGGGCACAGCAGCCCGUCCCCACCCCGACGGAGGGGGCUCCCUGGGCCUGGUGCUGGAUGCCAGUGCCCGCACCCACCCCCC